UCUUCACUGCUGCCUACUCUUUGGUUGUUGGGCGCCAGGAACAUGCAGUGCCUGUACUAGUUUUUGCACCAGAUCCAUGGCCCGUCCUGGCUACUACAGUACUUCACUUCCUCGUGAGUGUAUUUGUUUCGGCUGGCCCAACAAUUCCGAACCCGCCUCACCUAGAAUCCGCCUGCUUACGCACUUGGUGUAAAAGCUGAAGGCGCCUUCACCUGAAAUCCUGAACGCUAUGCUCCCUUUCCUGCGGUGUUUCUGCCGCUAGAACAAGUUCCCCCAAAGAUCCAGUAGGAGAGGAGCAUGGCAGAAGCGGCGGCCGUCGGCGGGCCUCACCUCCCUGAUGAGAUCGUCACCUGGGAGAUUCUCAUCCGCCUGCCGCCGAAGCCCCUCCUCCGCUGCCGCGCCGUCUGCUGCUCCUGGCACCGCCGCCUCACCUCCGACUCCAAAUUCCUCCUCGCCCACCACCGCCGCCAGCCGUCGCUCCCUCUCGUCACCACCGGAGAAACCCAUGAGAGAAGGAUCGACGCCCUGGACCACUGCACCCGCGAGCAGCGCCCUGUCGCGCGGACGGCCACCGCCGGGGACCUCGACGUGCUCGCCUCCUGCGACGGCCUCCUCAUCCUCGUCGCCUACGGCGGCCUCCACAUCUGCAACCCGGCGACUGGCCAGCGCGCUCCUCUCCCGCUGCUUCACGCCGCCUGCAUCUCCGGGUUGUACCCUCACCGCCCAUCGGGGUCGUACAGAGUGCUGUGCUGCUUGAAGAGAGCCGAGGACGGCCGUGCCGUGUACCACGUGCACACCGUCGGAUCCGGCGAGCUCAGGUGCGUCGGGCAACCUCUCGAUCCGUGGGCGUCCGGGCAUCAGGUGCAUGCGCUGCCGAUGAUGCUCUCUUGGCACCCGCUCGUGCUGGCAGACGGCAGAUUUUACUGGCACCCCGUGCAUUUGCCUGGUGGCAGCGGCAAGGUCAACGACAUGCUGGUGUUCGACACCGUGGCCGAGUCUUUCCAGCAUAUGAUUUCGCCCGUCGAGGGCCCCCUUCUUGAGCUGUUUGAGAUGAACGACACUCUUGGAUUGUAUGCCUUCCGCGGUGGCACAGCUGAUCUUUGGGUGCUACAGGAUCACCACAGCUGGGCCUGGUCAAUGAAGCACCGGAUCAAAUUGCAGGUGGUGGCCUUCUCUCUAGUGCCGGACAUCCAAGGAGAUUUGCUCCUCCUUUCUCGAAAGGGAGAGACAGGCAUUCGGUGGCAAUAUCUGCAGUAUAUUUCUGGUGCCGAUGGCAGUUUGUCCACACGGUAUGAAUGGAGCGUGUUUCUGAAUCUUAAGAAACAUAGGUUCAGAGAAAGCCUUGUUCCGCAUUCCUUCUUCUUGAUGGAUGGCAAUAAUGAUGGUGGUGUGGAUGAAAAGCCGUUGUUCGACGGGUUGUCAACUGUGGCAGUGCUUCCUGAUGAUAAUUCUGAGCUUCAUUAAGGAAUCCGUGAUGGACAACCAGUGAAUCGUUGCAGGAGUAUCUGAUAAAGCAAAGAUGAGUAACCUGAUACCAUGCCUCAAGUUUCCGGUGCUUCCCAUCAACACAUUAUUUGUGUUUCCCAUCAACGCAUGAUUGGCAUGCAGAAUAAAGUGCUUAUGGUAUCAGGCUUAUUUAGUUUCUGCACUAUAAACUUUGUAAUAGGCUCUGCCAAUUUCGCUGCUGACUUGUGUGCGAAGGAGGCAACAUUAGCUAGGGCCACUUUGUUUCUCUGCAGGUCUUUGUAUGUAUACUUCAGUGGUUGGAUUUCUUGAUGUUGUCCAUUAUUGGCAUGAGCUACCAUGGUACAAUGACUCGACUACGGUUGCAACUUUGGCGAGAAUUUGGAGGCAUAUAGUUGUAUCAUAGUCUCCCUUUUGUUUAGGGUAGUUUUCGUAUCUGUGGGUUCAGUUUCCCUAUAUCUGAUUGUAUACGGUGUUCUACUCCCUCCGUUCCUUACUAUAAGACCUUUUAGCUUUUUCUUGA